CGCCCUCCGGGGGGGUCGGGGCCGCCGCCGCCGCCGUCGCGGCGGCGACUGAAGCCGGGAAGAGGAGAGGGGGGCGGGGGAGCGGCCGCCGCCGCCCCCCGGAGGCGCCGGAGCCCCGAAUCCCGCUCGGAGCCAGCCAGCCGUCCCGAGCUACAACCAGACUUCACUGAAAACAGAUCGUGUGAGUUCCAGGUGCCUGUACUGGAAACUUGGAGAUCCUGCUUCCUAGGCCACAGCUGUGGGGAACUUAGGGUGAAGCAGAUAAGUUUCUGUAUUCAGCUUCCCAGGCGGAGGAGAAUGGGGUCUCCACAGCCUGAAGAAUGAAGACACGACAGAAUAAAGACUCAAUGUCAAUGAGGAGUGGACGGAAGAAAGAGGCCCCUGGGCCCCGGGAAGAACUGAGAUCGAGGGGCCGGGCCUCCCCUGGAGGGGUCAGCACGUCCAGCAGCGAUGGCAAAGCCGAGAAGUCUAGGCAGACGGCCAAGGUAUUCUGUCCCCAUGUCCUGCAACAGGAUGCCCAGGCACCAGGGCUGAUGAAGGCCCGAGUAGAGGAAGCCUCCACCCCAAAGGUCAGCAAGCAGGGCCGGAGUGAGGAGAUCUCGGAGAGUGAAAGUGAGGAGACCAACGCACCAAAAAAGACCAAAACUGAGCAGGAGCUCCCUCGGCCACAGUCUCCCUCGGAUCUGGAUAGUUUGGAUGGGCGGAGCCUCAAUGAUGAUGGCAGCAGCGACCCUAGGGAUAUCGACCAGGAUAACCGAAGCACGUCCCCCAGCAUCUACAGCCCUGGAAGCGUGGAGAAUGACUCCGACUCGUCUUCUGGCCUGUCCCAGGGCCCAGCCCGCCCCUACCAUCCACCUCCACUCUUUCCUCCCUCCCCUCCCCCUCCAGAUAGCACCCCCCGACAGCCAGAGCCUGGCUUUGAAUCCCAUGCUGCUGGGACACCCACUGGGUAUCAUGCUCCCAUGGAGCCUCCCACAUCUCGAAUGUUCCAGGCUCCUCCAGGGGCCCCUCCCCCUCAUCCACAGCUCUAUCCUGGGGGCGCUGGUGGAGGAGUUCUGUCUGGACCCCCAGUGGGCCCCAAGGGGGGAGGGGCUGCCGCUUCAGUGGGGGCCCCUAGUGGGGGUAAGCAGCACCCCCAGCCCCCCACCCCCAUUUCAAUAUCAGGCUCUGGGGCUGGUGGUGCUCCCCCAACAAAGCCGCCCAACACCCCAGCUGGUGGUGGAAACCUACCGUCUGCUCCACCACCAGCCACCUUCCCCCACGUGACACCAAACCUGCCUCCCCCGCCUGCCCUGAGACCCCUUAACAAUGCCUCUGCCUCUCCUCCUGGCCUGGGGGCCCAGCCGCUAGCUGGGCAUCUGCCCUCUCCCCAUGCCAUGGGGCAGGGUAUGGGUGGACUUCCUCCCGGCCCAGAGAAGGGCCCCACUCUUGCUCCCUCUCCCCACCCUUUGCCCCCUGCGUCCACCUCUUCUGCUCCCGCCCCGCCGAUGAGGUAUCCUUACUCGUCCUCCAGCAGCAGCUCUGCAGCAGCCUCCUCUUCCAGUUCUUCGGCCUCGGCCUCGGCCUCCCAGUACCCAGCUUCCCAGGCACUGCCCAGUUAUCCCCACUCCUUCCCUCCCCCCACCAGCCUCUCUGUCUCCAAUCAGCCACCCAAGUAUACUCAGCCUUCUCUCCCGUCCCAAGCUGUGUGGAGCCAGGGUCCGCCCCCGCCUCCUCCCUAUGGCCGCCUCUUGGCCAACAGCAAUGCCCACCCAGGCCCCCUCCCUCCUUCAGCUGGAGGCCAAUCCACUGCCCACCCACCAGUCCCGACACAUCACCACCACCACCAGCAACAGCAGCAGCAGCAGCAUCAUGGGGGCUCUGGGCCCCCCCCACCCGGGGCAUAUCCUCACCCCCUGGAGAGCAGUAGCUCCCACCACGCACACCCCUAUGCCAUGUCUCCCUCCCUGGGGUCUCUGAGGCCCUACCCACCAGGGCCCGCACACCUGCCUCCACCUCACAGCCAGGUGGCCUACAGCCAAGCAGGUCCCAGCGGCCCCCCAGCCUCUUCCUCUUCCAAUGCCUCUUCCUCCUCUCAAGGGUCCUACCCGUGUUCACACCCCUCUCCUUCCCAGGGCCCCCAAGGGGCGCCCUACCCCUUCCCACCGGUGCCCCCGGUCACCACCUCUUCGUCUACGCUUUCCACGGUCAUUGCCACAGUGGCUUCCUCGCCAGCAGGCUACAAGACAGCCUCCCCACCUGGGCCCCCACCGUAUGGCAAGCGAGCCCCGUCCCCAGGGGCCUACAAGACAGCCACCCCGCCCGGAUACAAGCCGGGGUCCCCGCCCUCCUUCCGAACGGGGACCCCACCGGGCUACCGAGGCGCCUCGCCGCCCGCAGGCCCAGGGACCUUCAAGCCGGGCUCGCCCACGGUGGGGCCCGGGCCGCUGCCGCCUCCGGGCCCCUCGGGCCUGUCAUCCCUGCCACCACCGCCUGCGGCCCCCGCCUCAGGGCCGCCCCUGAGCGCCACGCAGAUCAAACAGGAGCCGGCUGAGGAAUAUGAGACCCCGGAGAGCCCGGCGCCCCCGGCCCGCAGCCCCUCGCCCCCUCCCAAGGUGGUAGACGUGCCCAGCCACGCCAGCCAGUCGGCCAGGUUCAAUAAACACCUGGACCGCGGCUUUAACUCGUGCGCGCGCAGCGAUCUGUACUUCGUGCCGCUGGAGGGCUCCAAGCUGGCCAAGAAGCGAGCCGACCUGGUGGAGAAGGUGCGGCGCGAGGCCGAGCAGCGCGCGCGCGAAGAAAAGGAGCGCGAGCGCGAGCGGGAACGCGAGAAGGAGCGCGAGCGCGAAAAGGAGCGCGAGCUGGAACGCAGCGUGAAGUUGGCGCAGGAGGGCCGUGCUCCAGUGGAGUGCCCAUCUCUCGGCCCAGUGCCCCAUCGCCCUCCAUUUGAGCCGGGCAGUGCUGUGGCUACAGUGCCCCCCUACCUGGGUCCCGACACUCCAGCCCUGCGCACCCUCAGUGAAUACGCCCGGCCCCACGUCAUGUCUCCUGGAAAUCGCAACCAUCCAUUCUACGUGCCCCUGGGGGCAGUGGACCCGGGCCUCCUGGGUUACAAUGUCCCGGCCCUGUACAGCAGUGACCCAGCAGCCCGGGAGAGGGAGCGGGAAGCCCGUGAACGAGACCUGCGUGACCGCCUCAAGCCUGGCUUCGAGGUGAAGCCUAGUGAGCUGGAGCCCCUACACGGGGUCCCUGGGCCAGGCCUGGAUCCCUUCCCCCGACACGGGGGCCUGGCUCUGCAGCCUGGCCCACCUGGCUUGCACCCUUUCCCCUUUCAUCCGAGCCUGGGGCCCCUGGAGAGAGAACGUCUAGCGCUGGCAGCUGGGCCAGCCCUGCGGCCUGACAUGUCCUACGCGGAGCGUCUGGCAGCUGAGAGGCAGCAUGCAGAAAGGGUGGCUGCCCUGGGCAACGACCCGCUGGCCCGGCUGCAGAUGCUCAACGUGACCCCCCAUCACCACCAGCACUCCCACAUCCACUCUCACCUGCACCUCCACCAGCAGGAUGCCAUCCAUGCAGCCUGUCUCCUCCUGCCCCAGCCUUGCCACGGAGACCCUUCCUCACACCGCAGCCCUCUUCAGCCUCUGCCUCGGUGCACCCUCUCAUUGACCCCCUGGCCUCAGGGUCUCACCUUACCCGGAUCCCCUACCCAGCUGGGACCCUCCCCAACCCCCUUCUUCCUCACCCUCUGCACGAGAACGAAGUUCUUCGUCACCAGCUCUUUGCUGCUCCUUACCGGGACCUGCCGGCCUCCCUCUCUGCCCCGAUGUCAGCAGCUCACCAGCUGCAGGCCAUGCACGCGCAGUCCGCCGAGCUGCAGCGCUUGGCGCUCGAGCAGCAGCAGUGGCUGCACGCCCACCACCCGCUGCACGGUGUGCCGCUCCCGGCCCAGGAGGACUACUACAGUCACCUGAAGAAGGAAAGCGACAAGCCGCUGUAGAACCUGCGAUCGAUCAAGAGAGCACCCGUGGCCCCUGCAUCUGGACCCAGGAGGCCUCCCUCCCCGCCUGCCGCUCAGAGCGGAGGGGGGGGGGGGUGCCGCUCCGUCCCAGGGCCUGGGCCUCUGGGCAGAAGGAAGGAGGAAGGGACAGAUGGAAGGCCAAGGCUCCUGUGGUGUGCGGAGGUGGGGAGGGGGCGGGGGUGAGGGCGGAAAGCGCACAGCAUCUUGGACCAGGUCCCUCUCCCUUGGCCCCCGCCUUUCUCCCUCCCCCACGCCCCACCCCCGUGGCCACCGCCUCUCCCCCACCCCUUGGUGUGAUUAUUUUCAUCUGUUAGAUGUGGCUGUUUUGCGUAGCAUCGUGUGCCGCCCCUGCCCCUCCCCAGCCCCCGUGUGCGCGCCCCCCACUGCGAUGUAUGCCCCUUGCCCUUCCCCCACAUUAAUAAUUUAUAUAUAUAAAUAUCUAUAUGACGCUCUUUAAAAAACAUCCCGAACAAAACCAACCAAACAAAAACAUCCUCACGACUCCCCAGGAA